CUACAAGCUAUAAACAUGGAGCCCCUGGAGGAAUACCACUCUCCGUUUGACUUUGAGCAAGGAGUCAACACCAGCUACCUCUACCUCUCCCCGGCCUACAGCGACACACCGCCCAGCUCGCCAGCUGUCAAAAGCAGAGGUUCCCAGCAGCAUCCGGACUCAGUCCCAGAGAUGGGGGAAGAUGCGGUGACGUCUGUGGGCCCCUCUUUGUCUCCCCCUGCCAUGACAGAGGAGGAGCGGCAGGAGCUACAAGAUGAGUUGGUCAAGGUUGAGGAUGAGAUCCUGACUCUGUCGCAAGUGCUGGCAGCCAAGGAGAAGCAGUUGGCGGACAUUAAGAGGAAGCUGGGCAUCACACCUCUCAAUGAGCUGAAACAGAACAUCACCAAAACCUGGCAGGAGGUCACCACCUCCACUGCCUAUAGGAGGACAUCUGAAACACUGUCUCAGGCCAGUCUGAAGGCCACAGCGGCGUUCUCCAACGUGGGCUCAGCUAUCAGCCGGAAGCUCGAGGAUGUCAGGAAUGCUCCAACUUUCAAGUCAUUUGAGGAGAAAGUGGAGACUUUGAAGACCAAGAUGACUCCAUCUGCGUCCGGUAACUCUGAUGACAAGGACAGCAGCAGUCUCACCACUCCCGAGUCUUUGCUCGAUCAGCCUGAAGACUCACCCCCCCAGGAGACGCCAAUGAACUGAGACCUGCCUAACUCCCUCCUGACCUCCCAGGGGCCCCUCCCUUGACCUUCUAACCCCUGGACCGUCAACACUCCCUCUAAACUCUUGUUUGCCAGUCUCCCUCUAUUGGAAACAAAUGACUUACCCCAGCCUUCCUUGUGAUCUAAUUGUCUGUUCUUUUUGUCUGACACGUGCGCUCACUUGUUAACCGGUGUGGAAACUGAAAGCAUGGGGUGGGUCCAGACAUGUGGUCUUGUGCUGAUGGUAUAGUUUUGAGUCCAUUCUGGCUCACUGUGGGAGAAAUCCUCCCUGCUGUAGGACUUUUCUUUUCUCCUUUUACUUUUCCUGCUGCACUCCUUUCUUCGCCUAUGCCUAACAGCAAAGCUCAGAUGCCAAACAUGCUCCUAGUUUAUUUUUUCUUUAUCAAAUUAACAACUUUUCACAUUUUACAAUUUGUUUGAGUGUAGAUAAUUGCACAAAUAUAGAAGGAUUUACACUUACAAAGCUGAUUAGAGUAAGACUUAUCCUCUUUUUAUGUGACCCAGGCAGGUGUUGGCUUAUUGCUUCUGCAUGGCUCUUAAUUUAUGUUGGAGUUGUUAUUAUUACAAGCACUUGUUUUGUCUGCCUCCAUUUGGAGGACAUUCUUUGUUUACUAUGGGUUGCCAUUUUUGGGCCAAUCUGAUUUCCGUUUUCUUCAUUAUAUACAUUUUAGAACACCACAAUCAGAAAGUAGUCUAACACUGUGUUAAGAAUAUGAAUGUAUGUAGGUACAACACUCUGUUUAAUUCAACCCACGGUACUGAGCUGCUGAUAUAGUGUGUCAUGUCCAACCCCAAAGCUGGUAUUUCCAAACACACUUCAGAAUAAAAACCAUCCCCUUUUCCAUUGUUAAGAGUCUGUCAGACAAUGAUCUACACGCUUAGAUAGUUGCUGAAGAACGGCCAAGAUCAGCAUAACAGAGCAAACACGCAGGCAGGGUUCAGCCUUGACCCAAGGUGAGAGUGAAAUAUACGUCUCUUUCAGAGCCAGGGUCAAUAUUUGAACGCUUGUCCAUUGUUUCUGGGCUGGAGGUAACACCUAGCCUCCUUAUCUGAAAUACAGAUAAAAGCAAGGCAAGAGACGACACUGGAUGUUAUUUUAUACACUGAUACAGGAUAAUAAUGUAGAAGAGUAGGUUUACCUUAACUUUACUCUAAUGUGCAAUUUUCUUGUUUUAGCCAUGUGGCUCUGUGGGAAUUCUAAUAACUUUGUGUUUACUGCUAAUUAACAAAUGUUAGUAUGUGAACAGGCUAAGAUGGUACAUUCAACAUGGUAAACAUUGUCUGCUUACUAUCGUGUUAGCAUUUAGCUCAAAGCACCAGAGUGCCUAAGUGCAGCCUCACAAAGCUGCUAGCAUGGCAGUAGUCUACUGAGUCUUUUUGUUUUGAGGAGUUUCUAGGAAAUAUCACAAAAUGAUCAAAGUCUGCUUUUUUUUAUAGUCUCUGCAAACUGCAGGAUUAUAUACAGUGUUUUCUGAAAAUACUGCUUUCAUACAGACCAAACACCCUUUCUAAAUGAAGUUAAAUAUAUGAAUAAGGGUAGUGUCAGUGGUACAUUUUCAAUCACAGAACAAUUCUCUUGAGUUAGCUUUACAAUCCCAUUCUGCUUUAUGAUUAUAUCCUAGAAACUAUUAAACUACUGAACAAGUUACUCUCAUCUGACUAAUAUGCACAUAUCUACUGAUUGAGGUUGAAUAAAACUUGAAGGCAAAUGGAGCCAUUCCGAACACAGCUGAGACUUCCACACACAUUUCUGACACUUCCAUGCUUUGGCAGUACCAGCCUGGUACAAGUCUGCUAGUGGACGACUGGCUAAACAUGAAUGUGAGUCAUUAGUAAUGGAUCAUGUCCUGGGAGAACACCACAUGAAAAUAGAGGUUUUUUUCUGGUGUUGGGGUUGUUUUUUUUUAACCAACCAUGACACAACAGUAUUUCCUAUUCUGAGUUAACAUUAAUGGAUUUUUAACAGUACUCCUCAUUCAACAUCACUUUCCAGCCGUGAUCUAUUUCACUGAGAGAAGUCCUUACAGCCUUUCAUCUCAGACAUGAGGGUUUUAUUUGUAUUUAGUCACAUACAUAACACACACACUGGAUUUGUUUGUUCUUUAAUUGGAACCAUGGAGUGAAGAAAUGUACUCAAAUUAAAAAUACCUCUGAAAUAACCUUA